AUGAACGCAGAUAUCAUGCUGCUGUCGAAUAGACUAAUCUACAGCGACCGCCUACGGUGUGGCUCUGAAGCAGUUGCAAGGCGCAGUCUGGUUUUACCAGACCCUGGGUUUCUCCGUAAGAUGCAUCUCAGUAAUCCUUCCUGUUCGCGGCCACAAGAUUCGUGCUGGCUCAGUCAACUCAUGGACGAGAGGUGCAAGGCCGUGUUUGUUGAUACGGAUGCCGUUCCUGCCCAUGAUUCACCUGUAGGCGACCUGGUGGAGAACCAAGUGGAAGCACAGUUAGUCCAUCAAGUCACUGAAUGCCUGAUCGGCAGUGGUAUCAGCCAGGACCAGAUCGGUGUCCUGUCUUUGUACAGGCAGCAGAUCAAGCUACUUUCCUAUUUGCUGCAAGAUAGGAAGGGCGUCGAGGUUCUGACAGCCGAUCGCAGUCAAGGUCGUGACAAGGAUUGUAUCAUUAUAUCCAUGGUGCGGUCCAAUGACGAAGGCCAGGUCGGGGAUUUGAUGAAGGAUUGGCGCAGGAUGAAUGUCUCAUUCACACGCGCGCGCUCCAAGCUGAUCAUCUUCGGGUCUCGGAAGACUUUACAAAGCACGCCGCUGCUCAAGGAGUUCUUUGAGCUCAUGGAGAGCAAAGCCUGGAUCCUAUCACUGCCACCAAAUGCUCACGAGAUGCAUAGCAUGCUGCAAUGCUCGAGGAAACGACCUGCGGAUGAUAUCACAGUCGAUACGAUGACCAAGAUGUCUAAGGAGAACCUCAUCAGACCCCUCAAAAAGACGAAAAUCGUCUCAGCAGACAUAGGGAUCCUCAAAGGCCGUCCAAUAUUGAAAGAGCUCGCCAACGCGCAUGGCACAGAGUAG